AUGCAACGGGUGAGGCGUUCAAGCUACACGGGAUCGACGGCGAGUCUCCAUCGCAGGAGCAGCAUCUCCGCCAAAGACGUCGUCGUCAUUCAGCAGACGAUCAAGGUUCCCAAACUGUUUUCCACUUUGAAGUUUCCUUUCAGAAACAGCAGAAGAUGUCUGCUCAGGUGGUGGCGGUGCUUCUGACCGUUCUUCCAGUCUUCACUUUUGUCUACCUCUACUCGAUUUCGCUUCAUGCCGGCCAGCUUCUCCCGGUUAGAGUUCAACUCCUCUAUUUAAUCUUUCUUUGGAACGCAAUAACAGUGGAAACUAGUUUUUUUAACCUGUGCUUUCAAUAAAAUCCGUAUUAUUUUUUUCAGACGCUGAAAUCUCUGUUUUUCCAAUGGCCAUUUUUAUUUCAAUGUAUUCCGCCGCUGUUCGAUCUAAUCGCCUGGAAAUUCACGACCGUCCUUUUUGGACUUCAACUUAUUUUCCACUGGGUUUUACCUCACGAUACGGUCACAGUAAUCUCUUCUGCAGGUACACGUCUACCCACAUUAUUUACCCAAAAUUUCAGGUGACGAAACGAAGUUUGUCAAUGGAUUUUUUUCCUGCUUACUUUUAUGUUUAUUAUACGUUUUAGGUGCAAGCACCGGAUUUUACAGGUUUUUAUUUUUAGUCAUUGUCGAAUUAAACAAGCUUUUCAGAGGAGACCUUGUUUUGGUACACUAUAACUCCAUAAUUAUGUGUUUGGCAAUCAUUUGUGUCAUUGUGCUGUUGUACUUAUGUGUUUGUUAUCACUACGGAGACGGAAACAACGGUAUUCAUCAUAUAUAUAUUUUUUUCCAAAUAUUUACGCCGCACAAACAUUAUGCCCUAUCAAAAAAAAAAUAGCUGUAAACUUUUUUGUAUAAUUAAUAUUGCAGUAACUACUUUGAGUGAGUUAUACUUCGGAAUCGAAACACACACGCGGAUUCUUGAUGUCGAUGUUAAACACUUCAUAAGAUCACGGAUGGUAUUUUCAUUAUGGCCACUCUUGCUCAUUUCAUCGAUUUACCAUCAAUUCAGCAUACAGGGAAAAAUAUCAAGUGAGGAAAUUCCAUCCGAUCCAUAAGUCAAUGCUUACUAGUAUACUGAAACCUGUUUCGAUGAAUAUUUUUUCAGAAAGUCUGUUCUUUGCGUCUGUUUCCCAAGCCCUGUAUGUUUUAAGACUCCACUGGCAUGAAGACCUUUACCUCAACUCGAUUGAUGCAAAACGCACUAACUGUGGAUUUUACCGUCUAUGGAGCGAUAUGGUAAUUUGACCAACACAAAAUAUUUCUUCUUGAUCGUUUCAGGUGUUCUAUCCGGUAAUAUAUGGAUCUCCAACAUUAACGCUUGCGCAAACGAGCAGUACACGCUCAUUUUUGACAAACGCGAUACUUUUUUUCGUUUCUACUAGUUCUAUUCUCACCACAGCUAUGAUUGAUAGACAAAAAUACGAGUUCAGGUCAGUUUGGAAAAGCCAAAAAAAAGGAACAUUUUCAUAGAGAAACUUUACAGGAAGUCCAAAGGAACUUUGAAAUUUGGAGGAACUGACCCAUUUUUCAUCACCGCUAAGUUCAAAAUGGACAACGGCGAGCCAGGAGCCAAUCUUCUCCUAGGUGAAUACGGUAAAGAGAAAAAAAAUGGUUUUUUUUACAGGAAGUGGUUAUUGGGCGAUAUGUAGACACCCGAAUUACCUAAGCGAAGCAGUUACCUUUGCAACUUUUUGUGCUUUUCAAGGUUUCCCUUCAGUGCUUUCCUACUUUCCGGUUAUUUUCGUUAUUGGUUUGAAAUACAUAAAGCAGCAAAAAAACAUUUGCUUCAGGUUAUCUUCUAGCGAGACUGAUAGCUGACGAAUCUAGAUGCUCAAUCCGAUACGGACAAUACUGGCAACAGCACUGCUCCAGAGUGAAAUACAGAAUUCUACCCGGAUUUUUUUGA